AUGCGAGGGCUCCUCCUCUGCUGCCUUGUGGCCCUGGCCACAUGUCAAAGUGUCCAUUAUGAGCUCAGCCUCAACCCCAAGAAAACCUACGAGUACAAAUAUGAGGGAGAGGUGAAUUUUGGACUCGGCAUGCCAAACCUUACAGAGUCUGGUGUGAGAAUGAGAUGCAAUGUCAAAAUCAUUGGGGUGUCUGAACAAACAUUCGUCCUUCAGGUUUCAGAUUUGGCGUUUGAGGAGUUCAAUGGCUUCCCUGAGAAAAAUGGCUUUAAUGCCUCUCCAAAGCUCACCCAGCGGAUUGCUGACCAGCUUGUCAAACCCUUCAUGUUUGACUAUGCUGGUGGACACGUUGGUGACAUCCACGCCCCUGCUGAGGUUUCUGACACUGUUGUUAACAUUGUGAGAGGGAUACUGGGCUUCUUCCAAGUCACCGUGAAGACCACACAGAGAAUCUAUGCACUUGAAGAGGUUGGCAUCCAUGGCAGGUGUCAGAGUAACUAUGCUACUGAGGAAAACAUGGAAACAAAGGACAUGAUAAUCACUCAGGUUGUUGAUCUCAGUGAUUGCAAUGAGAAAGCAGCAAUGUACCGGGGAAUAGCAACUGCUGUGCUCGAUGAAGUCUCCAAACAGAGAGGGGAAUCUAUCGUUUCAACAGUUAGAUAUGUUUACACAGUCAAACCAACAGAAGAGGGAGGUCUCAUCACCAGAGCUCACGGCCUGGAGCGACAGCACUUCAGUCCCUUCAAUGUGAAGGGCGGCAGUUUCAAGAUGCAAGCGAUGAAGGAAUUGGUGUUGCUCGGUGUAAGUGACACAGCUGCAGCCGUCACGUUUGGGCCAAUGGAAAGCAAGGGCAACCUUGUUCACAAGUUCUUCAGUGCAGACGCUUUUGUCCCCAUUGUAAUGCAGGACCUGGAGGACCCGGUAGCAAAGGCUAUUGAGUUGAUCAUGCAACUGGCUGAAGCUAAUAAAUACCAGAUUGACAGUGCAACAACUGAGGAUACUAUAAAGGUGUAUCAACUUCUGCGAGUGAUGCCUUAUGAAGGAUUAGAAGUUAUGUGGAAGCAGUUCGCAGGAAAUGAAGAGUACAGACGAUGGUUUUUGGACAUGAUUACUGAGGUCAGCGACGUCAGAAUCCUGAAGUUCCUGGAGGUUAGGUUUCAGGCUGGAGAUGUUUCUGUGAAUGAAGCUCUGGAAACCCUUGUGAUUGCGAUUAACCAUCUGCAGGCUAUUCCUGAGCUGGUUGAGAUGGCUAAAACGAUACUGGACAUUCCCUUCUGUAAAUCCAAUAUCUAUCUGUGGAAUACUGUGGUGCUUUCCUAUGGCUCACUGGUGUACAAGCAUUGUGCCUAUUAUACACCUUGUCCAGUAACUGCUGUUCAGCCACUGCUGGACAUGGCCACUGAAAGUCUUAAGAAUGGCAAUGAGGCAGACAUGGUCAUCGCUCUGAAAGCUCUGGGGAAUGCAGGUCAUCCAGACAGCAUUAAAACCAUCAUGCGUUUCCUCCCCGGAGUUGCUGCCACCCCUGUGGAUCUGCCACCUCGUGUGCUGAGUGCUGCUGUGCAGUCUAUGCGACUCAUCGCUGCCAGAGACCCUCACAGUGUCCAAGACAUUACCCUAAGUCUGUUCCUGCAGAAGAACCUUCCUAGUGAGAUACGCAUGCUGGCCUUCAUGAUGCUGUUUGACACUAAGCCACCAAUGGCUCUGGUGUCCUUGGUGACUUCACAUCUACAUGAGGAAAAAGACCUCCAUGUUGUUAGUUUUGCAUACUCCUACUUCAGUAGUGUUGCCAGAUCCAGUACUCCAGACAAUCAGUUCCUCUCAACUGCCUGCAAUGUAGCUGUGAAAAUCCUGGCCCCUAAGUUUGGACGUCUCAGUUAUCACUACAGUAAAGCAAUGCGCCUGGACUGGUUUGAUGAUGAUUUCUUAAUUGGUACAGCCACAGAAGUCUUCAUGCUAAGAAAUGCAACAAACAUCUUUCCCACUGAAAUCAUGAUGAAAGGAAAAUUUUAUUUCAUUGGUAGAAUUCUGCAGCUUCUGGAGUUGGGUAUCCGUGCUGACGGAAUUAUGGAGCUGCUUGACACCAACAUCCCUAGAUUUACAGGAGAUCUUAGUUCUGGUGACUUAAAGGCUAUUUCCAAUGUGCUUCAAAACUGGGAAAUUCUACCCAACGAUAAGCCCAUCCUUUCUGCCUAUACACGCGCCUCUGGACAAGAGUGGUUGUUUGCUGAUUUUAACAAAGAGUUCAUUGAGAACAUCCUCAGGGCUGGCAGUCCUUCUGCAGGGAAAGAAAGUCCUGUGUGGGCUGCGAUUGAGAAUUUACAGAGGGGAGUAUCAUGGCAUCGGACAAAGCCAUACCUAAUCUUUGAGGUUCGUUACUUCCAAGCUACCACCCUGGGUUUCCCACUGGAGAUCAGCAAAUAUUUUGAAACCGUCAAUGGGAUCACUGUAAAUGCUAAAGCCGCAGUAAAUCCACCACUGACUGAACGUCUUGGACAACUGUUCACUUCUGAAAUCUCACUGGAAACUGAUGGUUUUAUUGGUUAUACAAAGGAUUUUUGGGUUUUCUAUGGGAUCAAUACGGAGCUGUUCCAGUGUGGUACUGAGUUUAAGAGCAAAAUGCCUGUUGCUAUCCCAUGGAAGUUUGCUGCCAACAUCAAUUUCAAAGAGAACAAGUUUGAGCUCGACUUCCCUCCAUGCAAAGAAGAGUUUGAACUCUUUUCAUUGAGAUCAAAUGUGUACGCAGUCUCCAGGAACAUUGAAGAGCUAGCUUUGGCUAAAAAGACUCCAAUGAUUCCCAACGCUGCUGCCUCCAAUGAUGAAGUUCUGAGGCCUCAUCCAGAUCAGGUACAGUCAACACUAUUAAGAGAUAGGUUAAAGUUCAAAAUGUGUACAGAGAGUAACAUUUAUGGAGUCGGUCUCUGUGUGGAAUCUGAGUUAAGGAGAGAGUAUUAUGAUGAACAAUACCCCCUAUACUAUUUCCUGGGAUAUACCAACAUGGCAGUCAAAGUAGUCCCAGUCCAGGCAAACAAAGCUGUUGACAAAAUCCACUUUGAGGUUAAUGCUGGCCGGAGCCAACAUCCUAUGAGCGCACGGCAACUGCUUGAGACUCUGAGGAGGCUUUCCAAGAAAGCCACCCAGCGAGUACGUGUGUCCUCUGAUUCAGCCUCAAGCGUCAGAGAGAGAUCUAAUCACAGCCAUCAUGACAAUAUAAUGGAAAGCGGGGCCUCAACACCUGAAGCUGUAGCCAAUAUCAAAGCCUUUGCUUUGAGUGGCAACCAGAAGCCAGAGGGUUACGAUGCGGUCAUCUACUACACGCCCGAGGCAAACACUCGGAGCACCCAACUGAUUGUGUCCCAGGUUGGGGAAGACACCAACUGGAAGAUGUGUGUUGACACCACUGUGAAUUCCAAUGUGGAGGCAAAGGCACACAUUAGAUGGGGGGCUGAAUGUCAGUCCUAUGAAAUGUCAAUGAGAGGUGCUACUGCACAUUUCUCUGGUUCCAGGCCAGUGUUCACAGCCAAAGCCCACUGGACCAGGAUCCCAGAAACCAUGGCAGAGAUGGGCAGAAGAAUGGAAAGCUACAUCCCAGGCAUGGCUUUCUUCCUUGGCUUCUCCGAGAAACAUGAGAGAAAUGCCCAGCAGGAGGUUUCUGCAACAGUUGUUGCCGCAUCAGCAGACAGCGUCAAUGUGAAGAUUGAGUUCCCCGGGUGUACAGUCUACGGCCAGGCUUUUCCAGUUCCACUGCCACCUGCCAGUUCUGAGUUCACAACAUCAGAAAUACAACAAUAGACAGCUUUGGACACGCAUAAGAACACAAAGACAACAAAGCCCAGAUGCCUCUUUUCACAGUGAUAACACUGCAACCAAAAUCCCACCACCGUGAUGAUUCGAAGAAACAUUGUGUAAAUUCAUGCAGUCCUAAAACAUUGUAUCUUCAUAAUACUGGAUUUACCAAAAACUGUUUCAGUUUUGUUUUGAUUCUGUCUGUAUAAAUCCUUGUUCCUCCAAACAUUGUGUAAGGUCUGCGUAUUCUAUGAUUAUAAUGCAGAGUAAGCUGUUUUUCCCUUACCUUUUUUCUUCCCUUAACAUUAAAUGAAUCUCCAUUGAGGUCAGUUUCUGCUUGUUAAUGGAAGAUUAAGAUUAAGGAGCUGGAUUAUAGUCACAGUAGACCUUUCAAUGAUAAAUUAGAACCAAAUUAUUGAUAUAUGAUGCUAUAGUAACUGAGGAAUAAAAUUUGCUCAUUAAUAAAUAUCAGACAAUAUUGUAGACAAAGAUCAGCAUUACUGAUGAAAUCCAUGCAACUUCUGAAAAAAUGUCAGAGCAAGUCAUAAAAUCGCUGUUUGUAAAUUAAAAGUGUCAGCCUUGCCUGAUGCAAACUUUUCAGA